AAAAUUUAAAAUUUUAAAUUCUCCCUAAUAAAAUAUUGAAAAAGAAAAGGUUUUGGGUUUCCGAAAACCUAAACCUGUAAAACCCGACAAGAAAAGUGUAGAGGAGACCUCUCUUUCGCAUUCCAAAACGCUCCCAUCUUCGCCGGCGAAAACUUCACCUCCGGCAACCUACGUUUUCCGGCGACCUUCUUUUCUCGCACGAACUAGCACAAAUUACAAUAACUGAACUAAUUUCUGAGGACAAGAUGGGUGAGAAGGGGAAGCAAGAGAUGGACAUUGUUCCGAAGCGUAACCCUUCCACUGAAGAGGGAACACAGAGUCCGAAUCUGGAGGACUGCUUGAAACUUCUCAAAGGAGAGAGAGACGAACAGCGUCUCGCCGGGCUUCUUCUGGUCACCAAGUUCUGCAAAGCUGAUGAUCACGCCUCACUUCGAAGGGUGUAUGAUGCGGUUGGCCCUCGUUUUCUGUAUCGGCUACUCAGAACUGGUAUGGGAAGUGGAACCAACGAUAAUCGGGAUGCAUAUUUGAGCUUAUCCAUCACGGUUCUUGCUGUGUUUUGCCGUGUUCCGGAGAUUGCUUCCACUGAAGACAUGGUUUUGAAUAUCCCACUUGUGUUGGAAGCAAUAUCCACCCAGUCUGGCUUGUCUGUUCUUGAAGAAUGCUAUGAGUUUUUGUACUUGGUAUCAGCUGCUUCUGGAGAUGGAAUCACAAGAUUUUGUGAAUCUGGGGGAAUGAAAAUGCUAGCUUCUCAAAUGUGUUCCAUGGAAGAUGGUUCACAUCUGAUGGAAUUAUCUUUCAAACUGUUGCAAUUGAUUCUGAGUAGGAAGUCCUUGGACAUAAUCCAGAAUGAUGUCUUAUCUGAGAUCUCAGUUAUUGUGGCAGCAAUAGCAAGGCAGUUUGCUGUCUUGCACAAUUCCUUGAAAUUUGAAGCUCUCCAUCUACUAAAUGCCAUUCUUUCCUCAAAAGAUUCAUCACAACUCCGUGAUGCCUUCCGGUUGCUUCCUCAAGAUAGCUGGUCAUCCAAUAUCCGCAUUGGUAUAAUGGCUAUUUUGCAGAAUCGUGUUGCUCCUGCUGAAAGGCUGCAGGCUCUCAUUUUAGCUGAGUCUAUGGUUUCCAUGUAUGGAGAACAUUGGUUGGUGAGCCAAGUAAGCAAAAAUGAUGCAAAAAAUCCAGCUCCAGCUGACAUGUGCCUGUUGCUUGUCUUGGAGCAGUCAAGGGUAGAAAUUGCUGUUCUUCUGAAUGAGUUGGCCUAUUUAAAAUACGAAGCACCUCAAGAUACUUCAGCUACUGCCGAGGCAAUUUUUUCUAAGCAACAUAAUGUGGCUGUUGCUUUCUCUUUGGUUGAGAAGAUAAUAAAAUUAAUAUCUAAUGUUGAUGAUGGAAACCCGCUUGAUGAAGGCACACUGACAAAGCUGAUUCUCCAACUCAAUGAGACAAUUGCUGUCGUACUAGAGUAUUUAGAAGAUGCAAAGGAACACAGGCAAAAUAAAGGGGAUGAUUUACUGGCUUCUGUGCGGAUUAUUGGGAGUUAUCUUGCAGAAGCGCCUGUAGCAUGCAAGGAGAAGGUUCAAGAUCUUUUAGGGUAUAUGCUUUCUGUUGAAGGUGAAGAUGAACAGAGGCCCUUCUCUGCUGUUUGCUUUCUGCUACCUAUGUUGUGUCAAAUUACUAUGGAGAUUGAAGGAUGCAAAACUUUGGCUUCGUGCAAAGGACUUGAAGCCGUUUCAGAUUGCUUCAGUAAAUUAGUUGGGUCACAUGCUUUUCUGGUUGAAGAUAACGGUUGCAUCUUUUUGGCAUGUGAUACAAUAAUGAAUCUUCUAUUAAAGAAAGACAAAGUGCAGAUAAUGUUGGAUGAAUUAGCCAUUGUUGGUCUUCUUAAAACGUUGGCUUAUUGGUCAGAAAAUACUGAUGAAAUGUCAUGUUUGAUGAUGGCUUCAAGCAUUUGCGCACUGAUAUUUGAUUAUACAUCAGAAGAGGCUCUUUUAAACCGUCCUGAUUUCAACUAUAGAACUCUUAGCAGUCUUUAUAAGCUCAUUGGAAGAUGUCUGGCUUCAUCAGAACAGGAUUCUAAAGCGGAUAUGGAUCUUUCUGAGAUUAUAUCUUCGGGCUUCUCUCGAUGGGCUCAUCGGUAUCCCCACAUCAGAGAGGCUGUCAAGAACUGAUUCUGAUCCUCUUGAUCUGGAUUGGUUAUAGGUGGAUGCUUUCAACUUCCAAGGUUCAUUGUUAAAGUCAACUAAUGAUGUGCCAAUACAUUGAAUUGUAAAAUAGCUACUAGUGGAGAUGGGGUGUAAGGGUCUUCAGAUCAGAUGAUUUAAGCUCAUGGUUACAAAUCCCUUAAAAAAGGGAACAGACCUAUUACAGGGUAGGAAAAUCAUGGUCAGGCUACAAAAGUUUCCUGUCUUCACAUAUUGUGAAUAAUCUGACGAGAUCAUCCAAACUGGAGAAAUUUGAGCAGAGACUAGUGACCCUUGUUUAAUGGGGAAAAAAAUUUGUUGGUUUUAGGACAGGAUAGAAAAAUAACAUUACAUAGUUAGUCUGUAUAUCCGAACCUUUUGUACCAUUAUUUUCUAUCAGGAGUUAUAGGUUUGGAUAACAUUUUAGUUCAUGUGGUUUUUGCCCAUUAGAUUUUGGAUCCUAAUUGUUUCCUUUGGUAUUGAGCUGUAAUUUAUAUGCAUUCACUCUCUUUUUUUA